AUUUCCUUUUCCGGGCGCCAUUCCACAAGCCAGCCAUUGAAUGGCUGCCAUUCUUUCAAGUGAAGCUCUCGAGUAGUGACGCCGUUUUACAGUGAUAAUUUUUAAUUAAAGUAAAGGUGAAUUUGUGAUUUAAAUAGUGCAAAGUAUUCUCCAAAAUGAGUUACGGUAGACCGCCGCCUCGUAUCGACGGCAUGGUGUCGUUGAAGGUGGACAAUCUCACGUAUCGCACAACGCCCGAAGAUUUGCGUCGUGUGUUCGAGAGAUGCGGUGAAGUUGGUGAUAUUUAUAUACCACGAGACCGGUAUACACGAGAAAGCCGAGGAUUUGCUUUUGUCAGAUUCUACGACCGCCGUGAUGCCGAAGAAGCAUUAGAUUCCCUUGACGGGCGUAUGUUGGAUGGCAGGGAACUCAGGGUUCAAAUGGCCAGAUACGGUCGGCCAUCAUCCCCUUACAGAAGCCGUUACGACCGACGCAAGAGCAACUCCCGUUCACGGUCUCGUUCACGUCGUCGAUCCAGGUCCCGCUCGCGCCGGCGCUCGUAUUCGCGCUCGCGAUCACGCUCGCGCUCGCGUUCCCGCUCCGACUCCAAGAGCUCGCGCGGCCGCUCCCGCAGCCGCAGCCGCUCCCGCUCCCGCUCCAGACAUUGAAGUGAUGGGUUGAGAGUACCAAAUCAGAGCUGAAGUGCUGUACCGCAAGAGUAGCAGCCUUCAGCUAAGGUACUAUACUCCACACUUACUCAUUAGCCAUUCAAGACCUAACUAUGUUCUACAUAGUGGCAAAAAUUUGAUGUAACAAAUUAUACCUUAAGUUCUUUAUCUCUAGGUUUACUUUAAUGUAAGAAAUUUAACAAUUUCCCUUUUUUAUUUGCAAAUAAGAUAACCUGUAUUAGAGUAUGGUGGUCAGUGUACUUCAGUUAGAACAAAUUAACCUGUUGUUUCUUUACAUUGGAUGUCAAACCUAUGCUACUUAUUUAGUAGUACAUCAUUGUUCCUUUAUGUACAAUAUACUUAGCUGUCUGAAAUCCAAAAGCAAUGGUCUAAAUUUUUUAGAUUAGUGUGUAAUGAAUGUGUCACCUGAUGUAUUAAUUUAUUAGCAGUUAGGACUCUGGCCAGUAAGGCCCUUAGAUGUCAUUUCAGGUUUUUAUGUACUAAAUCAAGAAGAUCAUGUACACUCCAAGAGGGACAAUUGGGCUAUAUUGGGAAAUAAAUUGUAUCAACCUUACAACAUGGUAAAUAACUUCAUUAAAACCUGACUGAAGUUUUUUUUUAUAUUUACUAAAUUUUAGUAUCUUGUUUUGAAACAGGUGAUAAACAAUUUAUGUAAUUUGUUCAUAAACUUUCAACACUUGUAUAUUCAUUUCUUUUUGCGUGAAUUAAAUGGUCUUGCUUUGUAUCAAUUUGUACCCAAGAGGUUUUUAAUGAAUACAAUGUAAUUAAAUGUAAUAUUAACAAUAAUGUUGGUAUGCUCAGGGCGUGGAGAACGCGGGGAGCGCGGCGGUUUGCGGGGAGGGGGGGGUUGCUGAUUGCUGACAACUGCUGUUUUGCUGUUGUUGCCGUUCAUAAGUUAUGAGUAAACUUUUAUACUUAUUGACAAACCGAGACACGCAUAUCUUAGGCUCUUGGCGAAGUAUUUCAUAGACACAAUUUAUAACGUUCUUUUUAAAAUAGAUAGAUUUUUCAUUUAACAUGGCACUCAAUAUAUAAAUAUCAUUCCAUACCAUCACUAAGUCUGUACUGGGGUUAAAACACGCCUUUUUAUGGGGAAGUAAAGAAUAACGUCACGAUCGCAUACAUUCUGAUGGACGUAGGUAGCGCCGGCUGAUUGCAGACUCCGCACUAACAUGAGCGUUUGUUUGGCAGGCCGGUGGUGCGCUGGCCUGUUUGCUGUGGCAGUAUCCUGUGCUGAUUCCUGUGAUUUGCAGAUAACGCGCGUCUCUAGGUUUAUCGGUAACGAAGCAGGACCACCUUUAACCCUCCCUGCUCCCCACAGAAAGAGAUGACUAGUACAUUUCAUAGUAUUAUAGUAUUUUACAUUUCAAUUAAUACAGAUUUUACUUGCUAUACUUGAAGAAAGGUAAGGUAUACCCAUAAUGGCUUGAAGAAAGAAGAUCAUCGGAAGACACCGGCACUAGAUUCUAUGUAGUUUGUUUUAUUGUGUACUAAAUAAAUAUAAUGAUAGAAAGUAA